AUGUGUGUGUGUGUGCGUGCGCACACGUGCACUUGUUUCUAUGCGUGUCCAGGAUCUCUGUCACUGGGUGAAUGUGCUGAGCUGUUUGACAAGCUGCUGCUGCGUUCUUUGCGUCAGGAAUGUGGUGGUCUACAGACAGUGUUGAGAAACACUACUCAAGUCUUUAAAGUCAUCCAGGGACAAGUAACCCUGAAGGAUUGGAGGCCAACUUUUGAUUCCUCCACAUCGACUGCAACUGCAGGGGAGACAGCGACGACAGGACGCGGCCGGGACAAGACCCGGAAACGACCGCCGCCACAGCACCGACCCGGCAAGCCCAGCAAGGAACAGCUGCUGAAGACGAAGCUGUGCUGGUUCCACGCGUUCCACCCGCAAGGCUGCCCGCUGUCGUCGUCACAAUGUGCGUACGCACAUGGCGCUGAUGAGCUUCGAGACGGGCCAUGCCCUUGGACCCCAAGUUUAGUGGCCAACUCACAUACACAGCAGGGCCAACAGGAGCAGCAGGAGAAAGCAAACAUUACCUGAGCACUGCAGACUAUAUCUAUUCUGUUUCCAGUGGAAUUACUUGUCCGGCAACUUGAAGCCAAGCUCAGCCACGGGUCAGACCUGCCGGCUCGGUGGAACGAGAGUGAAUCAAAGAGAGGGAGAGAGAAAGAGAGAGAGAGGGCAAUUGGUCUACACUGGCCUACUGCUCCUAGCAGCAAGAUCCCCAUGGAGACUGAUGAUCUGUGCUAACUGAUUGAGGGUUGAGUACUGGCCUGAGCUCACAUGCUUUUGGACGCAGCACAACACAAUAUAUCGCUGUGCCAUGGCCACAAGCUGUAGUUGACCUACUGCAGCCUGUGAUGACGAGUUGUUGCGGUUGAAAAACCGAGGGAACAAUGUUGUCCUCUGUACAUUGCUUGCCACUUGUGUGCAUGGAUUUGGACACGGCUGUUGUAAAGCGGAUUGGACAAUCAUGACAGGCUUGCUACUAUGUCUGUGCAGAGAGACCGCCAGCAAGAGGCGAGAGAAGCACCAGUUGUGAUUGUCACACUAGCUAUAUAUCCUGAAGCAGGUUAGUUGCAUUCAGCGUUCGUGUAUUGUCGCUUGGAGGCCAUGCGGCUGGUCACGCUGUGUGCUCUAGUGCUGCAACUGUUGUACACUGAACAUCAGCUCACAACAAUGCUGCUAUGGACUCUCUAGUUCCUCUUGCUCUAUGGCUGUAGCUGACCUUGGUGACAGUACUCUCAAACGCCUCUUAUCCGGACGCCUCAGAUACGGGCACGUCUCUCUACCGGCCACCCUCAGCUUGAGUUCCUAUGGCAAAAAUGCUUCGAAUUUGGGGGGUUGAACUUUUUUUCCGAAUGCACAAAUGCUUAUUAGUCACUGCCAACCUGUGUAAUCCAUACAUUUUUUCCGUGGAUUAUUUUUGUAACCUAAACAUGUGCAGUAUGCACCAAAAAACUUCUUCAAAAAUGAUAAUGAUACAUGGCAGAUGAGUUAUCCUGAGAUACGGGCAAAUCUGAGAUACGGGCAGUGCCCGGUCCCAAGGUGCCCGGAUAAGAGACAUCUGAGUGUAGUUCUUUUAGGCCUGCUACUCUUAAUGUGUGCUGCUCACCCAAGCUCAGCCAUUUGUCGAUUUGAUAGCUUGAGCACGUGUUCUGGGUAGAACUUGUUCUAAUAUUAUUGCUUUGGCCCAGUUUGCUGAGCUUGUUCAUGUCGGUACUGGAGCGUACAUGGACUCUGCUGCAGUGUGGCAUGUGUUGCUGUUGUACUGCAGCGAUACACGCCCUGUGUAGCAACCUAUGGGCCUAGUAUGGCCACAUGCCGUUGUCCUCUCCAUUUCUGCUUGCUUUCUUGCCAUUGCUGCUAUCCCAACCUCACAAGCAGUCAUAAAUCUUUUUUUCCUCUUCCAAACAUCUGACUCCCGUUCAAAGGAGCGCCCUACUCUCCGUUCCGUUGCACUCGUUGCUGUGUUCUUGCAGCAUUUGAACAUAACGGAGCACGUGCUCUGCUGGUGUAACAGCCUAUGCUGGUGGGUGCUAUGCACUUGAAAUCUGAUC